ACAAUCUAACUGAUCACGUGGUUCUAGCGACAUAUUGUAUGCAAACUGCGCAUUCGUAUUGAAGUCCGUGUCCGUAGAGGUCGAGUUGAUUCAUAUGAAGUAAUCGAACUCAAGGCAUUUAAAACACCACAUACUACAAUGUCCACGUGCAAAGCGGUCGUGUUGGCGGUGAUUCUUGCGCUGUGCACGGGUAUCUCGAGGGGCCAGUGUCCAGCGACGUGCCAAUGCUACGGAACUGACGUAGAAUGCAGAGGACAACAGCUGUUGACCAUACCCCUUUCCCUACCGGACGCUACCACUACCUUGGGUUUAUACAACAACUCUAUCGCAUCCCUUCCUGCGGAUGCAUUACAAAGACUGACAAACCUAAAUGCACUGAUUUUAGACAACAACUCUAUCGCAUCCCUUCAUGCGGAUGCAUUUCAAGGACUGUCAAACCUACAGUACCUGUCCCUUUAUGGCAACCGAUUACGCAACAUUUCCCGGGCGAUGUUCAGGGGCUUGGCAAAACUACGCGAACUACAAUUAUCAUCAAAUCAACUCGAAUCCAUAGAAGACGGUGCAUUUGAAGGAAUGCCAGACCUAAAUGUUAUGGAUUUAGACGGCAACAGGAUCGCAUCUCUUCCUGCGGAUGCAUUUAAAGGACUGUCGAGCCUACAGACACUUACGCUAUAUAGCAAUCCGCUCAUCUGCGAUUGCCAGCUGCGAUGGCUUAUGGAGACAGUACAGGACAGCCAGUCCAAGAUCAAAGUAUACGGCGUCGUGUGUAAGGUGCCCGCACACCUGCAGGGACGUGACAUAGUGACCGUCACCCGAGCGGAUCUCAACUGCAGCACGCAGGCAAACGAUUUCAACGAAUGCGCGCCCGACCCGUGUAAAAACGGUGCCACGUGCACCAAUGUUCGGUAUGCGUACUCAUGCACGUGUGUAACUGGCUGGAAGGGAUAUAACUGUGACCAAGAUAUCAACGAAUGCGACCCAGCUCCGUGUGAGAACGGCGCAACGUGCACUAAUCUUCAGAACGCCUACUCUUGUGUAUGCUCACCGGGCUGGCAAGGCAACAACUGUGAUCAGGAUAUCAACGAAUGCGACCCAGCUCCGUGUAAGAACGGCGCAACGUGCACUAAUCUGCAGAACGCCUACUAUUGUGUAUGCUCACCGGGCUGGCAAGGCAACAACUGUGAUCAGGGGGCGUCAACAUCUCAAGCCCCAGAAUCACAAUCAACCCCCUCAUCGACUACGGAAUCAUCGACAUUUGUGUACAUCGGCAUUGGGCUCUGCGUCUUGGUGUCUGCUGUUAUUGUAGCAGUUAUUGUCAUCAUAAAAAAGAAGUAA